GCUGAUCAUAGCCCUGAUUGUCUGAAGUUGAAUAAUUAGUUUAGUUUUUUUAGAAAAAAUUAUACAUGCUAGUGCUAGUUUUUUUCUAGGCAUCGCGAUGUCUGAGGCGACGACUAACAGCGCAAUCUUUGCUGCCGGUGGUAGCAGAAGACUAGCUAAGUAGUGAAAAGCUCAUUGACGCUUGCUCAUCUUCGCUUGUUCAUUACCCAAGUCGUCUUCUUCCAUUCGCCAGCCUCCCCCUUGGAUUAAUAAUAACGAAUGGCUUCGUUUGCUGCGAACCAGAGUUGCUUCUUCGCCGGCUCGCUGCCGCAUCAGCUUCAUCCCGCCGUUUCCUACAGGUCAACGAUCUUCUCAUUUUCAUCUUCAUCUUCAUCUACGUCCAAGCAAGGGUUUCCUUCCAACAUUGCCGUUGAGCGGACCAAGGAUCGUUCGUCAUUUGCACAGACUGCGGCUGUUCGACAUCUCACGGGAUCCCUUACCAAAACUGAGGGAUUUCGCUUUGCUGUGGUUGUAGCACGGUUUAACGAGAUUGUGACGAAGCGGUUGUUGGAAGGAGCUUUGGAAACCUUUGCUAAAUAUUCAGUUAGAGAAGACGACAUUGAUGUUGUUUGGGUUCCCGGUAGUUUUGAAAUUGGUGUUGUUGCUGAAAGGCUUGGGAAGUCACAGAAAUAUCAAGCAAUUUUAUGUAUUGGAGCUGUGAUAAGAGGUGAUACUUCUCACUAUGAUGCUGUUGUUAAUUCAGCGGCCUCUGGGGUGCUUUCAGCUGGUUUGAACUCAGGAGUUCCAUGCAUAUUUGGCGUCUUGACUUGUGAUAACAUGGAGCAGGCUUUAAAUCGAGCUGGAGGAAAAUCUGGGAAUAAAGGUUCUGAGGCUGCCUUGACAGCUAUUGAAAUGGCAUCUUUGUUUGAGCACCAUCUGAAGCAGUAGGGAUGAUCAUGGCCUUGAUCUUGUACUUACGCAUACAAGCCAGAAUGUUGCUAUCAGAGGUCAACAGAACAAAGUGCAAAGAGUACCUGGCAUCUGUCUGUUGUUUCAUUUUUGGUUUUCUAGAUGCUGUUAGUGUCGAAACCACCCAACCAUGAAUGGAGAAUACUUCAAAAUGUUUAUCCAAACAAGUCCUACCCGUGACGUAUGAGAAUAAUUUUGUUUCUCGUGUAAUAAAUUGCUUGAAUUUUCCCAA